CGCCUCGGCCUCUCAAAGUGAUAGGAUUACAGGCGUGAGCCACUGUGCCUGGCCCCAUAUUAAUUGUUUCUGAUGCCCUUUAUUCUUUUGUAUAGAUCCAGAUUCUCAUUUGGUGUAAUUUUACUUUUGCUUGAAUGAUUUGCUUUAGUAUUUCCUAUAGUGCAUGUCUGCUGUUGAUGAUAGCAGUCUUUGUAUGGCUGAAAGAAUCUUUAUUUCAGCUUCAUAUUUGGAAGAUUUCUAUUUCUUAGGUAUGGAGUUGUAGGUAUUUUUCUUUAUGUACUUUAAAGAUGUUACUGUCUUCUGACUUGUAUUUUAGAUGGAAAAGUCUGCUAUCAUUCUUAUUUUUGUUUUUCUGUAUAUAACUUGAGUUUUUCUCUGGCUGCCCAAAAGUUUCUAUCACUAGCUUUAAGCAAUUUGAUUAUAUUGUGCCUUGGUAUACUUUUCUUCAUGUUUCUUGCUCAUGAGUUUCAUUGAACCCCUUGAAUCUAUCUGUAGAUUGAUAGUUUUUACCAAAUUUGGGAAAAUUUUGUCCGUUAUUUCUUCAGAUAUAUUUUAUAUCUCCCAUUCUUCUUUGGGGACUCCAUUUGCACAUAUAUUUGGCUGCUGGGAGUUUUCCUACAAUUGAUUGAUGCUUAAUUUUCUUCCUCCCCCAUAUUUUUUCUGUUUCAUUUGGGAUAUUUUUCUUACGCUUUUUCUUCAAGGUAACACAUUUUUUCCUCUGUAAUGUUUAAUCUGCUCUUGAUCCCAUCCCAUGUAUUUUUCAUAUCUUUUUUUCAUCUCUAAAAGAUCAAUUUAGGUCUUUCAUAUCAUCUUCCGUGUCUCUUCUUAACAUGCUCUUUUUUUCUGCCUUCUUAAAUGUAUGGAAUAUAAUUAAAAUAACUUUCAAUGUCCUUAUCUACUAAUUCUGUAUUCUUUGUUCUGGGUCUGUUUCUGUUGUAGAAUUUUUUGCCUCAUGGUUUGUAUUUUCCUGCCUUUUGUGUGCCUAGUAAUUUUUUAUUGGAUGCUAGACGUUGUGGAGUUUACCUUGUUGAGUGCUAGCUAUUUUUAUAUUCAUUUACAUACUUGAGUUUUGUUCUGUGACACAGUUUUUUGGAUAUAGUUUGUUUCUUUUGAAGCCUGUUAAACUUUGUUAGGCAAAACCAGGAGAAUUGUUUGCCACUUCUUAGGCGUUUUGCCUCAUUUAUUACAGAAUUUAAAAAAUUUUUAUUGGUGGAGACAUAAACUAGUCCUUGUCCUUUGUGAUAAUCGAGGAUUUGUUCACUUGAUCAUUUCAGGUAGUUAUUUUUCCCAGAAUACGGAGUAGUUUCCUCACACACAUAAACUGUUUGAAUACUCAAAAGACUCAAAGGGACCUUCUGUAGCUUUCUGAGGUUCUUUCUCUGUGAAGGUCCCUCCUCUCUGAUACUCUUCCUCUGCCAAUUCUAGCUGCCUUGGCCUCCCUGAAUUCUCAACUCUGUCUCCUCAAUUCGAGGAGUCUGCUGAGAUUAUAUUUGGACCCUCCUAGUGCUCUGGAAAUUAUUUCCAGGAAGUUAACUGGAAGAAUAUAGGGCUCAUUUCAUUUGUCCUCUCUUUCUCAGAGAUCACUGUCCAGUAUUGUCUUUUGUCAGUGUCUGAUACCAUGACUUCAUAUGUUUUAUCUUUUUUUUUUAAGAGAUGGGGGUCUCACUGUGUUUCUCAGGGGCUAGAGUGCAGUGGCUAUUCACAGAUGCAGUUAUAGAACACUACAGUGUCGACCUCCUGUGCUCAAGCAAUCCUCCUGCUUCAGCCUCCUAAAUAGCUGGGACUACAGACACUGUCGGCAUACCUGGCUCUGUCAUUUUAUUUAUUUAUUUAUUUACCAUUUAAGGUGUGAGGGUUAAGUUGGUUCUUGUUAAUCCAUCCUUUUCAAAAGUGGAAGACCAUGUUUAAGUGUUCUUUAAAUACAGAAGUUAUUUUGUUUUUAACAAAAGGGACUGUGCUGUGUUUUGUGGUCUCUUUUUGAUAAUGUUCUAUUGGGAGUAAAAACGAUGUUAUCUGUUUAAAGUAGUCAGUUCUGUAAGAUGGUCCCAUGGUAUAUAGACAUUUAAUUUAAAAACAAGCAUUUUAAAAUACCCUAAUAGCAAUAACAUUUCAUUAGGAAAUGAUGAAUCUUUUCUGUCACUCAUAUAGCAACAUUUGGGAGGAGUUUCUUAGGUGGUUUUCUUUUUCUCUCCUAAGAAAAGAGCUAAAGGAGCAAAGACAGAAUCUCAUUGUGAGUGAUGAACAGAUUUUUUUGUUUCAAAAAUACUUAAAUGCUUACUUUGUGCCUGGAAAUAUCCUGGAGAUGAAGCAGUGUAUGGGAUAAAAAUUCCUGUCCUCAUGGAGCCAAUAACUUACUCUAGAGAGACAGACAAUAAGUAAAACAACUAAUAUUACCAGAUGUUGACAGGCACUGUUGAGAAAGUAAAUCAAGUAAUGCAGGGGAUAGAAUAGGAAGUGCCAGGAAAUAAUAAGAAAAUUUCUUGGAAAACUCUUAGGGCCUUGAGAAAGGCCCUGAACUGUAGCAGUUGAAGAGUUCUUAUUUAGCUCUGGAUCCCAUCCUUUCCAACCUCAUGGUGUUUCCAUCAGUAAUGUUUUCUUAUUGCUAAAACUUCAAGUUAUGUUUAUUUGUUGACUAUUUACUUUCAUUAUAUAACCAUGUGCAAAUCUUUGUCUUCUUUUAAACAUUAGGAACAAAACAAAAUAAAUAAUCUUUAUUUUGCUUGAAUGCCCUGGCUAGUAAUCUAAUCCAGUUUACUAUUUCACAACCACAAUUCUGGAAAGUAUAUUUUGUAUUCCUUGUCUUCACUUUCUUAUAUUUUCCUCUACUUCUUCAGUCAGGUUUGGCUUCUCAGCUUUCAUACAGUGGAAAAUCGCCCUUGUCAUACAGCAUGGCACAAAAGUACCCAAUUCAGUGGGCACCUUUCAGUUCUUCCUUGACUCCUUUGGUGGUAGAUGCUAUUUAAUCAUACCUUCACUCAUUGCUUGGUUCCUUUGAAAUAAUUAUCUUUUGGUUGGUUUUUAGCCAUUCUUUCUUGGUCUUUUCUUCCUUCUCCUGCAGCUUGAAUGGGUGUCUGGCCUUCUAGUAUUAAUACAUACUUUUAUUACAAUGAUCAUUUUAAAGUAGAUUGUUUUAUGUAGAAUAUUAGCUCUUUGAAAGCAGAAACAUUAGUAUUUUCAUUAUUGUCUCCCCAGCAACUACCCUAGUACUUGGCACAAAUGUAUUUAAUAAAUAUUUGUUUAAUGAAUAUAAAUAUACUAGUGUUUUUAGCUUUCCUCUAUUAAGUGAAGUUAGAUACCAGUUUCAUUAGCUUUAUCUUCUACAUUGCAGGAUUAACUAUAUCGGUGCUAGACUUUUUGUGUGUCUAUUCAGAAGUUGUUAGUGUCUUGAUUGAACAUGUUCUCAAGACUCUGAUCACUGUUUCCUGCAUACUGAGUUUCUGUAGCCUCUGACCCUUGUGCUUUUAGAGCCAAGUAGAACUUUGUCAUUAUAGAGCCAAGUAGAACAUAUCUGUAGAAAAAGGAAAGGGAGGUAUCUUUUAGUUAUUUGUGGCUUCUGGAUUGAUUCUGAGAGUCUCUUAGGAUUUCUUUUUUUGUACCAUUCCAGAAACAGAUUUUUACUGCUUCAGACAGGCAAGGGGUACAUUUUAGUUUCAAAGUGUUAUAAGGAGUAUUUCUGAUGUCUCUGAUAGUUGGUGUGGAUGACUACAGCUCAGAGUCUGAUGUGAUUAUUAUACCUUCAGCCCUGGACUUUGUCUCACAAGAUGAAAUGUUGACGCCCCUGGGGAGAUUGGACAAGUAUGCUGCAAGUGAGAACGUAUUUAACAGACAAAUGGUGGCCCGGAGUUUGCUGGAUACCUUGAGGGAAGUCUGCGAUGAUGAAAGAGAUUGUAUCGCUGUUUUGGAAAGAAUUAGCAGAUUGGCCGAUGAUUCAGAACCAACUGUGAGAGCGGAGCUGAUGGAACAGGUGCCUCACAUCGCACUGUUUUGUCAAGAAAACCGGCCUUCAAUACCAUAUGCGUUUUCCAAAUUCUUACUACCUAUUGUGGUUAGAUAUCUUGCAGAUCAGAAUAAUCAGGUGAGGAAAACAAGUCAGGCAGCUUUGUUGGCUCUGCUGGAGCAGGAGCUCAUUGAACGAUUUGAUGUGGAGACCAAAGUGUGCCCUGUCCUCAUAGAGCUGACCGCCCCAGAUAGCAAUGAUGACGUGAAAACAGAAGCUGUGGCUAUAAUGUGCAAAAUGGCUCCCAUGGUUGGGAAGGACAUUACAGAGCGUCUUAUCCUCCCUAGGUUUUGUGAGAUGUGCUGCGAUUGCAGAAUGUUUCACGUUCGAAAGGUCUGUGCUGCCAAUUUUGGAGAUAUUUGCAGUGUAGUUGGGCAGCAAGCUACUGAAGAAAUGUUGCUGCCCAGAUUUUUCCAGCUUUGUUCUGAUAACGUAUGGGGAGUCCGAAAGGCUUGUGCUGAAUGCUUCAUGGCAGUUUCAUGUGCAACAUGUCAAGAAAUCCGACGGACCAAAUUAUCAGCACUUUUUAUUAAUUUGAUCAGUGAUCCUUCACGUUGGGUUCGCCAAGCAGCUUUUCAGUCUCUGGGGCCUUUCAUAUCUACUUUUGCUAAUCCAUCUAGCUCAGGCCAGUAUUUUAAAGAAGAAAGCAAAAGUUCAGAAGAGAUGUCAGUAGAAAACAAAAAUAGGACCAGAGAUCAAGAAGCCCCAGAGGAUGUACAAGUCAGGCCAGAGGAUACUCCUUCAGAUCUCAGUGUUAGUAAUUCCAGUGUCAUACUGGAAAACACGUUGGAAGACCAUGCUGCUGAGGCAUCCGGGAAGCCUCUAGGUGAAAUUAGUGUUCCACUGGACAGCUCUUUACUUUGUACUUUGUCCUCAGAAUCUCACCAGGAAGCAGCUAGUAAUGAGAAUGAUAAAAAACCUGGUAACUACAAAUCUAUGUUGCGACCAGAGGUUGGCACCAGUUCACAAGAUUCAGCUCUCUUAGAUCAGGAAUUGUAUAACUCCUUCCAUUUCUGGAGGACUCCUCUUCCUGAAAUAGAUCUAGACAUAGAGCUUGAACAGAACUCUGGGGGAAAACCCAGCCCAGAGGGACCAGAGGAAGCAUCUGAAGGCCCUGUGCCCAGUUCUCCAAACAUCACCAUGGCCACCAGAAAGGAACUGGAAGAAAUGAUAGAAAAUCUAGAGCCCCACAUUGAUGAUCCAGAUGUUAAAGCACAAGUGGAAGUGCUGUCCGCUGCACUGCGUGCUUCCAGCCUGGAUGUACAUGAAGAGACCAUCAAUGUAGAAAAGAGAAGUGAUUUGCAAGAUGAACUGGGUAUAAAUGAGCUACCAAAUUGUAAAAUAAAUCAAGAAGAUUCUGUGCCUUUAAUCAGCGAUGCUGUUGAGAAUAUGGACUCCACUCUUCACUAUAUUCACAACGAUUCAGACUUGAGCAACAAUAGCAGUUUUAGCCCUGAUGAGGAAAGGAGAACUAAAGUACAAGAUGUUGUACCUCAGGCGUUGUUAGAUCAGUAUUUAUCUAUGACUGACCCUUCUCGUGCACAGACAGUUGAUACGGAAAUUGCUAAGCACUGUGCAUACAGCCUCCCCGGUGUGGCCUUGACACUCGGAAGACAGAAUUGGCACUGCCUGAGAGAGACGUAUGAGACUCUGGCCUCAGACAUGCAGUGGAAAGUUCGACGAACUCUAGCAUUCUCCAUCCACGAGCUUGCAGUUAUUCUUGGAGAUCAGUUGACAGCUGCAGAUCUGGUUCCAAUUUUUAAUGGAUUUUUAAAAGACCUCGAUGAAGUCAGGAUAGGUGUCCUUAAACACUUGCAUGAUUUUCUGAAGCUUCUUCAUAUUGACAAAAGAAGAGAGUAUCUUUAUCAACUUCAGGAGUUUUUGGUGACAGAUAAUAGUAGAAAUUGGCGGUUUCGAGCUGAACUGGCUGAACAGCUGAUUUUACUUCUAGAGUUAUAUAGUCCCAGAGAUGUUUAUGACUAUUUACGUCCCAUUGCUCUGAAUCUGUGUGCAGACAAGGUUUCUUCUGUUCGUUGGAUUUCCUACAAGUUGGUCAGCGAGAUGGUGAAGAAGCUGCACGCGGCAACACCACCAACGUUCGGCGUGGACCUCAUCAAUGAACUUGUGGAGAACUUCGGCAGAUGUCCCAAGUGGUCUGGUCGGCAAGCCUUUGUCUUUGUCUGCCAGACUGUCAUUGAGGAUGACUGCCUUCCCAUGGACCAGUUUGCUGUGCAUCUGAUGCCGCAUCUGCUGACCUUAGCAAACGACAGGGUUCCUAACGUGCGAGUGCUGCUUGCAAAGACCUUAAGGCAAACUCUGCUAGAAAAAGACUAUUUCUUGGCCUCUGCCAGCUGCCACCAGGAGGCUGUGGAGCAGACCAUCAUGGCUCUUCAGAUGGACCGGGACAGCGAUGUCAAGUAUUUUGCAAGCAUCCACCCUGCCAGUACCAAAAUCUCUGAAGAUGCCAUGAGCACAGCGUCCUCAACCUACUAGAAGGCUUGAAUCUCGGUGUCUCUCCUGCUUCCGUGGGAGCCGAGGUUCAGUGGGCGUUCCGCACGUAUGUGACCUGGGAUAGCUUUCGGGGGAGGAGCGACUUCCCUCUCCUGCAGGCUUCAUUGCAGGUGCAAGUUGCCUAUACCCAAUACCAGGGAUUUUAAGCGUCAAGAGAAAGUACAGUAAACACUAUUAUCUUAUCUUGACUUUAAGGGGAAAUAAUUUCUCAGAGGAUUAUAAUUGUCACCGAAGCCUUAAAUCCUUCCGUCUUCCUGACUGAAUGAAACUUGAAUUGGCAGAGCGUUUUCCUUAUGGAAGGGAUGAGAUUCCCAGAGACCUGCAUUGCUUUCUCCUGGUUUUAUUUAACAGCCGACAAAUGAAAUUCUUACAGCCUGAAGGCACGCGUUUGCCCAGAUGUGAAAGAGACCUUCAGUAUCAGCCCUGACUCUUCUCUCCCAGGCACAAGGACUUGCUGGGCUGUGUGACCAGCUGUCCAGCCCAGCCCUGUGUGUGAAUCAUUUCUGAUGUGUGUAAAUGGGAAAGGAGGGUUUUUUACUUCCCCUGAGGGCUUGAUGCUAACACAAAAGUAGGAUUGACUUUAACUCUUAAGCGCAGCAUAUUGCUGUACACAUUUACAGAAUGGUUGCUGAGUGUCUGUGUCUGAUUUUUUCAUGCUGGUCAUGACCUGAAGGAAAUUUAUUAGACGUAUAAUGUAUGUCUGGUGUUUUUAACUUGAUCAUGAUCAGCUCAGAGGUGCAACUUCUUCACAUACUGUACAUACCUGUGACCACUCUUGGGAGUGCUGCAGUCUUUAAUCAUGCUGUUUAAACUGUUGUGGCACAAGUUCUCUUGUCCAAAUAAAAUUUAUUAAUAAGAUCUAGAGAGAGAGAUAUAUACACUUUUGAUUGUUUUCUAGAUGUCUACCAAUAAAUGCAAUUUGUGACCUGUAUUAAUGAUUUAGUUUAAAGUGGGGAAACUAGAUUAAAAUACUUGUCUUUUAACUAG